AUGCUGAAGAACGAUAACCUACGGCUUAUAUCUUUAGCACUCUGUUUGUUUUAUACGAAUGGUGUAAUCGCUUCAACUAUAAAACCUGAUAUUCUAGAGAGUUUGGAUCAAAUUCGUGGUUUGGAAUUAACUGAAAAGGACAUACGAAGAUAUCACAUAUGGGAACAAGGAAUGGUUCCUUAUUAUAUUGACGACUAUUCUUUUGACAAAGUACUACGGGAUAGAAUACGGUUUUACUUAGAUCAGUUAAAUAAGGCGACUGGUUUGCACUUCAUGGAAGUUCCGCAGCCACCAGAAGGCGAUGAACACCGCUGGGUCUUCUUCCUUAACAGGAAAGGUCAGCUGGGAUGUGCUGAUGUUGCUUAUAAUAAUUAUACCAGUAAAGGAGUGCAGAGGGUAGUUUUGGGAUACGAUUGUCUCACGCCCGAAGAUUUGGAUGAAAUAAUCCUGUCGUUAGUAGGAGUUCCACCUCAGCACAAUGCACCAGAUCGGGAUGACUAUGUCACAGUAAAUUGGGAUAAUAUUUUGCCAGAUAAACGUUAUUUGUUUGAGAAAUUCAAAGCCGAUGAAUGGGCCUUUGGUAAAUUAAAAUAUGAUUUUACUAGUGCUGGCCAUUUUCGCACACAUAAAUAUACUUCAAAUGGAGGUGAAACGAUUACGCCAAAGAAUAUAGAACACUACAUGGAAGGAAGAAAAGGCCUGAGUCCCAUAGACAUUAAAAAAAUAAGAAUGUUUUAUAAUAAUAUUUCUUUUAAAGUCAAAAAACCUAUGCAAGUACCAGAAUGUAGCAAAUUAUUUGUACCUGGAAAAAAUUUCAGUAAAGUAAGGGUAAGUUCAGAAAAACCGGAUAUAAUAUGUGAUUCAGAAAAUGCAAGCAAUCAUGAAUGUCAUAAAAAUAAAGGCAAGAAGAAGGAUAAUGGAGAUGAUGAUAUUGAAGAUAUCAAUAAUGAUGAUGAAAAAAAUAAUACAGAUGUCAAAGAUGAAAAAAAUGAAACACUGGAAAUCAACCAAAAUGAAGAAAAUGCUACAAACGAUAAUGAUAACAAGUCUGAUGAAAAUAAUGAUAAGCAAGAUAGCAAAGUAAAAAAAGAGUCUACAGAGGAAAAAAAAAUGCAUAGUAUAGAUAAAAAAUCACCAAAUAGUAAGGAAAAAGCUCUUUUGUUAGUAAAAUAUCACGAGAUCGAAAAAAUUAAAUCUCCAAAGCCUGGAAAAAAACAGGUCAAAGACCCCAAGUCUUUAAGUAGUAAAGACAAAAAAUUGUUGAUGUCAAAAUAUAAAACAAUACAAAAAAUUCAAAAUCCACAAACAGCGGAAAUGAAAUCAAGUGAAGAUGAAAAUACCAAGCAUUCUAAAAAACUUAAAGGGGAAACUGAUGAGAAUAAAUCGGUAAAUAGUGAAGAAAAAAAUUUUUUGCUCGCAAAGUACAAAAGCAUUAAAAAAGAUAAAUAUGCAGAAUCACAUAAAAAACUUUCUAAACCAUUAACUAGUGAUGACGAAGAUAAUAAGCAUUCUAAAAAACUUAAAGGGGAAACUGAUGAGAAUAAAUCGGUAAAUAGUGAAGAAAAAAAUUUUUUGCUCGCAAAGUAUAAAAGUAUUAAAAAUGAUAAACAUACAGAAUCACAUAAAAUAAAUUCUAAACCAUUGACUAAAAAACUCAAAGGGGAAACUGAUGAGAAUAAAUCGGUAAAUAGUGAAGAACAAAUUUUUUUAAUGUCGAAGCACAAAAGUCUUAAAAAGAAUAAAUAUGCAGAAAACACUAAGAAUUCUAAAAAAUUCAAAGGGAAAAAGCUCCACAGCAAAACGUUAGACAGCGAAGAAAAAUUUUUUUUAUCCCACAAAAAUAACAAGGUUCGGCAAAUUAAACCUUCAAAAACUCACAAAACACCUAAACACAAAAAAUCUCAAAAGGAUAAUAAGAAAAAAUUAAAAGGUAGCCAUUCUACCAAAUUGCAACGUAAGAUUUUGGCGAAAUCCGAUUAUGAAACUGGAGAGGAAAAUGUUAAUUUUCAUUUUCAAUAA